UCUUUUUGGGAUCCGCCUCCAGUGGGAUAUUUGGAUUGUGGUGUUGAGUCUCUUCUCUGCCUGUAACGCGCUGAAUAAAGCGCUUAUAACGCGUUAUAAUGUAGCGGCUGUGCUGGUGCUGUGUGUCCUGACUGCCCGGGUCUCAGUGGAUUAUAAGAUAUCGGGGAUUGGAGGAGACUGGAAGCGUGUAAAGUGUUACUGAUGAAGAUGAUGAGGAUGUGCACACUGCUGCUCCUGCUGCUGAGCGCCUCUCUCACACCCAGCCUCGUCCACUCCGGUUCAGAGCUCUCUGAACCCCAGACCGUGUCCGUACAGAAGGACCUGGCGUCUCAGACGCUGACGCUGUUAUGGCGGAGCGAAGCCUCACACUUCGACGUGGAGAUUUAUCACACUGAGCUUAUGGAGCUCGUCCUCAACGAGAGCAUUUGGGUGGAAGCAGACUCUCAAACAGGGAGUCGUGAUUGGUCGUGGCGCUCGGCCGUGCCGCUGGAGUGCACCUCCCACUCCGUACGCAUCAGAGCGCGACACGUGGACGCAGUGAGCCAGUGGAGCCCCCUGCUGACCGUCCCUGGGAUGGACGUGCCGGACCAGCCCCAGGCUCAGAUGUUCCCUCAGGACCGGGUGUUGGAGGUGGGCGGGAACGUGACGGUGUGCUGCAUCACUCCGGUGGGUGUGGCCUUUAGCAGUUUGGGAUACGGGAACCAGAACUUAGCGGCGUUCAGGCUGAGCCACAGGAGCUUCAGCGGCACCAUCACCGACCUGCACAAGUCCUCCUACACCGGCACCAACGUCGUCUGUCUCUCUGACACCUCCAUCCUCACCGGCACCGUGCUCUUCAUCGGCUACCCCCCAGGUGAUGAGGGUCUGCAGUGUGAGACGCGGGAUCUGCAAUCAGCCGAGUGUCGCUGGAGCAAAGGACGAGACACAGGCUUAAAGAAACGUGAUUUACUCACCAAAUACACACUGAACAACAGGAGUUGUACUGAGGACAGAAGAGACAGGAAGCUGUGUCGCUCUGACCGCUGGGAGAGCAGCUGGACUUUGGUGGCCAAGAAUCCUCUGGGAAUGGUCCAGCUUUCUGACUCCGCCCUCAUCGACCAGCGCAUACGUCUGUUGGCGCCGGUGAGCGUGAUGUCGGACGCUGAGGCGUGGCAGGCCCGUGUUGGGUGGAGCUGGACGGUGGAGGCCUAUAAAACUCUGUCCCUGCUGUGUGAGGUGCAGCUGGACAGCGGAGGACACGCCCACACUCGUAACUACACCGGAGUGGGACUGUCCUCCGUGGUGUUGGACAGGCUGAGGCCGGACAGCGAGUACUCGUUCUCUAUCCGCUGUGCGUCUGUGCGGUAUUUCUGGCGCUGGGGAGACUGGAGCGCCCCCUACAGCCUGCACACACUCAUGGACCGACCUAAUGCACCAGACAUAUGGGUGUGGAGGACCAGUGAACACACAGGAAAAGUUGUAUGGAAGUCUGUCUCACCCCGGGACAGUCACGGUGCUCUGACAGCGUAUGAAGUGUCUCAGAGAGACAGAGGGGAAGACGGGUGGACGACUGUCUCUCUCCCUCCGAGUGAGUCCAGCACUCCCAUCAACCUUAGCCACAGCAGUGAUGUCACGGUCGCCGUGGCGGCGCGGAACCCGGUCGGUCUCUCUCAGCGCAGCACUGUGACCGUCCCACAAUACACUGCAGACUCUGAGUUGUCUGUGUCUGAGCUGGUGGGGAAUGGAGGAGCUUUGACUGUUUCCUGGAACGGCAGUCACAGCUCCACACAAGGCUACGUGGUGCAGUGGGUGCCCACCUGCUGCCCCGCCUCCUCCGCCUGCUCCGUCCAAUGGGAGAGAGUUUCAUCCUCCAACACCAGCACCGUCAUCCAAUCAGGAUCUCUGGACCCUGGAGUGCAGUACACAGUCUCCAUUUUCACUUUGCUUCCUGAAGCUUCUGUCCUGCUGCAGAGAUAUUACGGAUAUGGACAGGAACAGGUUCCUUCUCAGUCCGUGGCAGCGCUGUCUGCUGUUCAGUCAGGCUCAGACGUUGUUCUCUCCUGGACUCCUGUUCCUGUGUGUAAGCAAAAAGGCUUCAUACUCGGACACACUGUUUACCUGGCCGACGCCUCCAACCUCAGCCUCAUAGCUAAUCUGACCGAUCCUGCAUUGAGCUUGUACACAGUAAAGAAUCUGCCUCUGGGCUCCUACAAGUUCACGGUGAGGUCGUACACUUCAGCUGGAGAGGGAAUGGAGUCCACCAUCGCCAUCAAAACCGAGUCUGACACUGAUCUGAUGUUGGUGGAGAUCCUGGUGGCGUUGGGAGCAAUGUCCAUCUGCCUCAUCAUCAUCACCGUCUUCUGCUAUAAGAAGAGAGAAUGGGUGAAGAAAGCGUUCUAUCCUGAGAUUCCCGGCCCCAAACUCACCGGGGAUUGGUCAGCUCCGCCGGGUCCUCUGGACCUGAAGCCCCCCCCACACAGUCUGGUGCACAUCGUGGAGAGUCCGGAUAAGGAGGGGCUCGUCACGGUCCCGGGCGGACAGGAAGAAGGGCGCCAUGACGACGAGGACGAUAACCAGAACGUUGAAAUGGACACGGACUCGGACGAACCCGCGCUGCUGCGCUACUACAACCAGCUGGUGAGCGACGCCUCCGAUUGUUCCACGAGCUCCAUGGAUUCUGCGCAGACGCAGGUGACCUACACGGGAAUCCAAAGCCCCGCCUACCGGCCCCAGAAUCAGCCUGAGGCUCUGAUGGAGGCGGAGCCCCGGGAGGAGAGCCCCAGCGCGGGCUACAAGCCGCAGUGCUCGUGGAGACCCGAUUCUCCGGAGAACGAAAACUUGUGCGACUCGCUGGGAAGCCCGACCUCGGUGACGUCAUCACAGUUCCUCAUCCCGGAGUCCUCGGAGGAGCAUCCGGAGUCGUCGGGAAGCUGGUUCCAAAACCUCCUCUCUGGCAAAUUCUAAUUAGCAUUAGCAUUUAGCUUUAACAGUCAGACAUCACUGCUACUCAUUAAAGGCAUUAUGGGAUGGAUUUCUCGGAUCCUUCUCGAUUCGUGUUGGUACUGUCGAGGACGUUUCGCAUUAAGGACACUUCAGAUUCUCCGCACUAACCCUGCAUUCCAUUUAAGAAGAAGAAGCUGCCUAAGUAGGGAGCGUGCUAGGACUUGGGGCAGCACGAGAUAACGUCUGUCGUAUGCAGAAGGCAGCGUAAAGGUCGCCAUCUUCCCCUGAUGAUGGACAGAUUUCUGCAGAUUUAUGAGCUUUGACUUUGACCUCGUGACUCAAAAGGCUUGGUGUCUUUACUGUAAAUCAUUUUGUUGGAGUUGAAACACUACUGUACUGCAGCGGCUAGUGAGAGACGGUUCAGCUUUAAAGGAGCAGUUCAUCCAGAAGUGAAGUGUACGCAAUGUUCCUGUCCAUCAGCUGGCUAACCGGCUAACAUAGCUAACAGCUUACGGCCACCAGUUUAGCAUCAGGCUAAAGUGUCUCCCUGGCUGCGUUAUAUAUUUGGUUGAACUGUAAAUAUAUAUAAAUAUAUAAAUAUAUAACUAUCCGUCCUGUAGAGGGCGCUGUGCUGAACGACGUAGCUGCUUUCCCAAGUGUUGUGUUUGUGAAAGUUACCUAUCAGGCGUUCUGAAGUCCUCUGAUGUUUAAUGGACAGGUCACAGGUCACAGGUCACAUUAGCUCUGGUAUAAGCUCACUGAUUUUAUGGCAUUAUUUGAAAAAUGAACAAAAAGCAAGCUAAAACAGGAGGGCGGGGCUAACAGAGGAACCAAUCAGGUCACAGUACACCUGAUUGAUUGCCCGUGUAACACUACAGUGCUAAUUUUUUUAUAUUUUUACCGAGUGCUUUGACUUUAUUGCCUGAAAGUAUUCACAGAUUAUUAGCUUUGGCUUUGCUCUGACGCACAACCAGACAGCUAGUGAUGUUUGUUUACGCUUUAUAAGUUUAUCUGCUUCUGAAGAGCUUUUAAGGGCUUAAAGCUAUUUUAAGAAAUAUUUCUAAAAAUUGCACAUGUCUAAAAUGCAUUUAAACGAGCUGUUUAGCAAAAUCUGAAAUGUCCACCAUGUUCUCGUAAAUGUAGGCGAUUAACUGAGACAUGCUCUUCAUUUAGCGCUGGAGUUACGAGGCUAAUGUAGCUGAGCAUCAGAAGAAUCCUUCCCUAGAACCUCGCUAGACCACACCCCACCCUCUAGGCCCAGUUCAUAAGCCACGCCUCCUAGACCCCACCCCUGUACCUCACCUCAAGGCCCCACCCCCUAGAGCCUGUCUUAUAGGACACACCUUUUAGGCCCCGCCCCUAGAUUUACCCCAAAGCCUCACCCCACUCCUGUCCUGUAGGCCACACCCCUUUAGGUUCCAGCUCCAAAGCCAGACUGUAGCAGUAGAUGUUUAUUUAAUAAUGAGUGAUAUGAAUAAUUAUUAUAAGUGAAUAAAUGUAAUGAUGUCACUCAUUAUUUACAGACUAAAAUAAACCUCAUUAGCAGCAUUAGCCUCGUAGUUGCAGUGUAAAGGAGACAUGUGCUAUCUGAUUGAUUCGCUUUGUGUGUUAAAGAGUGUGUGUGUGUGUGUGUGUGUGUGUGUGGUGUUAGCGUGGUUAGCUCUCACUACUGAGCAGCUGAGAAACGCUAUUAGCACCAACCCAUCAUCUCAUGUGACAGAGCCAGUCUGAGCGUCUGUGUGCUCAGCCAGUGGGCGUGUGCUGAUAAUCGCUCGCACCGCGCCUGAGGUGCGCUUCACUGUAACCUUCACUGAACAGGAGGGUGCCUAGCUAGGGAGCAGGAAUGAAUCCUGUCCCGUUCAGAAGGCAGCGUAAAGACCGGCGUCUCCUGGGACACGCGUUACUGACCUUUACUUCACUUCAUUUUAGAAAGAGUUGAAGAAGAAAGGACAAUCCCACAGUUCUGUUGGGCAUUACCGAGGGAGGAGCAGAGCCGCCGUCUCCUAACCGACACCUCCUCUUCUGAUUUCAUCUCCUGACACUGUUGCCAUGGUUACGUGAGCUAGCUAACAUGUUAACGCAGCCUCUCCAAGUCAUUUCUUUCACCAGGUAGCUGGCUGUGUUAGCUGUCCUGAGGUUGUGUCGAAGCUGAAAAAUGAGCGAGGGAUUGUGAGUGAACGAGUGAUGAUGUAGUGAGAGCAGACGCGGGUAAACGUGUAGCUGUAGCAUCAUCGUAAGAUCAGCACUUAUCAUGGUAUAAACUAUCAGGACACGCCUACCUUGUGUGUGUGUGUGUGUGUGUGUGUGUGUGUGUGUGUGUGUGGAUUUAGUUCCUGAAGCUUGCCAUACUACUGUGAGAUGUUACAGUUUUAUUAAGGUUACUGAUGUUUGAAGUGAUGAACGAAACAGCACUCUGACUUCACGCUGUGUGUGUGUCGCUUUUUAGAGAUUUUGCUGUGAAGCUCUUUCAGUGUUUGUUACUCAGAAUUUUUUUUACUUAAUUAAUCAGUUAAUCAGCUAAAGACUUUAUUUCACUGUGUUACUUUAGUGCAGUGUGGGAGAUGAGUGUUAGAGAAAAAUCGACGUCACUGACGAUUACCAAAGCAUGUUUAAUUACCCAGAAUGCACUGCUGUAACCCAGCACAAUUUAUUUUCCAUAUGGCUGACAUCUUUUUAAAUUUCAGACUGGAAUGUUAAAAUAUAUAUUUGUUUGCAUUUGCUCCGUCUGCAUACAGCAGCUGACAGAACUGUGCUCUGAUAGCUACUUAGCAUGCUCGCUAAUUAGCACGCUAGCUAGUGAGCGAGUCGAUGUGGCUCUUCAGGGUUUGCAAUAGGUUCAGCGGAAACGAGCCGUGCGCUCUGAUUGGUCGCUGCUGCAGGCUUCUGGGUCGUUAGGGGAAGUGGACGAGGGCGCAGUGGAAACUGAAUUGGAACCGUAAGAGCAGGAAGAGGAAGCUGGAUGUUACAUUUCAUUUUUAGUUUUAUUCUCACACUAUUAAGCUGAUUAAAUGUAAAUAUCAUUUGUUUAGUGUGUGUGUGUGUGUGUGUGUGUGUGUUAGGGUCAUAUAUUGACCGGGAUAUUCACAACACACACACAUUACUGUUAUCACAGGUAGCGUUCUGCUUGGGUGAAGGUUCCCUAGGUAGGCAGCAUGGGGACAGGUGUCUUCCAGCAGUCCUAGUAUUGGACAGAUGCUAACUUCAGGCAGCAAUCUAAUGGAAAUCUAGUGCACUACAGAGGGGGUGGGAUCCUUUCAGGAGGCAGCGCAGAUGAGAAAUGAUCAACUGUCAGUUAGAGCUUUACUACACUACAUAGGGAGUAGGGUAUAGGGUGUAGGGAGUAGGGUAUAGGGUAUAGGGAGUAGUGUGUAGGGAGUAGAAUAUAGGGUGUAGGGAGUACAGAGUAGGAUAUAGGGUGUAGGGAGUAGUAUUUAGGGAGUAGGGAUUAGGGUGUAGAGAGUAGGGUGAAGGGAUUAGG